UGUGCUCCAGAGCCAAAUACCCAAUUACCCAUAGAACCCGACCCACUUCACUCCAUCUCCUUCUCGAAUCAAGUCCUAGGUCUCUCGUUCUCAGGCAUUUUGUAAAUCGCGGCAAAAUCAUCUAGGGCUCGAAGUUCAUCUACAGCUUGUUCUUGGGUUAAUCGGUGCUUCCAUUGUCGGCUUCUCGCGUGUCGAACGGUGUUUGUGCUUCCAGCCCUCCAUUCCAUUCCAAAAUCAUCUAGAGCCCCGAUCUGAGAACUAAAAUAACCCCACCGGUAUACGGCUCCCUCUCGGCCUUUUAAUUUAGGUUACGCAGUUAGCACUUUUCUGUGUUACAUAUGGAUGUUUGUACGUGCGUCGGUGCGUGCAUACGCGUAUAGGUUGAUUCAACUGUAUCAGUAUUUGGGGCUUGUGUUCAAAUUAGCAAACUGUGGGAAGCUGAGGCAGAGUUCUAAGCUAGUGCCUUGCGCUUAUUUUGCCUUGGCGGUGUAAUUUGGUUGCAAUCAGAACGUGCAUGGAUAGGUUAGAAUUGAGGCGCGAAAGAAGUGUUGAAACAAGGGAUCGUGGUGACUCUCCAUUGAGAGGGAGGUGGGAUGCAGGAUUUGAUGAUUUGGAAGAGAGUGGCAUAGAUAAGUCGAGAGACUCAGGCAAGCAUCGUAGGAAUGAGAGGAGUAAGAGCAGCCGAAGAGAAGAGAAGGAUCCUAGAAGUAGAGACCGUGACCGGCCAAAAGCUAGUGACGCUUUGAAAGACAGAGAGAAAGAAGGGAAAGAUUAUGAGAAAUUAGAUCGAGCAACUAGUAAAGACAGGAGGAAAGAAGAUAGAGAUGAUUAUGACAAGGAGCGGAUUAGAGAUAAAAGAAAGGAGAAAGAAUACGAUCGAGAGAAGUACAAAGAUAAAGAGCAGGAGAAAGAUAAAGAUCAUAAAGACCGAGGGAGGGAAAGAGAUCGUGAUGGAGAGAGAGGUGGGAAGGAUGGUGAGCGAUCAAGGGAGAAGGAGAGAGCAAAAGAAAAGGGCAGAGAAAAGGAUAAAGAACGGGAAAAGGAAAGAGAUAGGGCAAAAGAUAGGGAACGGGAAAAGGAGAGAGAGAAACAUAAAGAUAGAGAUAGGGAAAAGGUAAGUGGCAAGGAUAGAGAUAGAGAUGCAGCUGAGAGAGAAAGGGUCAAGGAGAGAAUCAGGGAUGAGGAAGCAAAUGAAGACCGAGAGAGACCUAGAGAAAGAGAUAAAGUGGGUCGAAAACAUCAGGAUGAAGGUCAUGAUAGGGGCAAGGAUGCAGGAAAGGAAGAUAUGCUGAAAUUAGACCGCAAAGAUGAUCAGGAUAUGGAUAUAACCAAGCGGGGGAAGGUUUAUCUUCAUGGUGAUGACGGCAUUAGGUCCAUUAACCAUCAACAGCUUGCUAAUGGAGAACCCAGUGGAGCACAACCGCCGGCCUUGGAGCUUGUACAACGUAUUUCAAAGAUGAAGGAAGAAAGACUGAAGACUAAGUCUGAAGGAGCUCCUGAAAUUUUAGCCUGGGUUAAUAGAAGCCGCAAGCUCCAAGAGAGGAGGAGUUCUGAGAAGGAGAAAGCAUUGCAGCUGAAGAAGGUGUUUGAGGAGCAGGAUUAUAUUAAUCAGGAAGAUAUUGAAGAUCAGGCUGCAUUUCAGCAAACUAAAGAUUUAGCGGGGGUUAAAGUUCUUCAUGGGCUUGACAAAGUAAUUGAAGGUGGGGCAGUUGUUUUGACACUCAAAGAUCAGAGCAUACUUGCUGAUGGUGACAUCAAUCAGGAGAUGGAUGUGCUUGAAAAUGUGGAAAUCGGAGAGCAAAAACAGAGAGAUGAGGCCUACAAGGCUGCAAAGAAGAAAACGGGGAUUUAUGAUGACAAGUUCAAUGAUGAGCCAGGUUCUGAAAGGAAGAUACUCCCACAAUAUGAUGAUCCAGUUGUUGACGAGGGUGUAACUCUGGAUGCAAGUGGACGUUUCAGUGGUGAUGCAGAGAAGAAACUAGAGGAGCUAAGGAGAAGGAUACAGGGUGUUUCAACGAACAAUCAAUUUGAAGAUCUCAGUUCAUCCCAGAAAGUUGCAUCUGAUUAUUAUACCAAUGAAGAAAUGCUUCGGUUUAAAAAGCCAAAGAAAAAGAAAUCCUUGAGGAAAAAAGAAAAGCUAGAUCUAGAUGCCAUUGAAGCUGAAGCUGUAUCUGCUGGUUUGGGAAUUGGGGAUCUUGGUUCUCGAAAUGAUGGAAAGAGGCAGGCCAUUAGAGAGGAGCAAGAGAGAUCUGAGGCUGAAAUGAGAAGUAAUGCAUACAAAAUUGCAUAUGCCAAAGCUGACGAGGCUUCUAAAGCUCUGCGACUGGAGCAAACUCUCACUGUCAAGACAGAGGAAGCUGAUAAUUCAGGUUUUGGUGAUGAUGACGAAGAUCUCCGUAAAUCAUUAGAAAGAGCAAGAAAAUUAGCUCUCAAGAAGCAACAUGAGGCAGUAGCAUCUGGUCCUCAGGCCGUUGCCCUGCUUGCCUCUAAAACUGCCAGCAAUUCAACUGCAGAUGAUCAUAACCCUGCAUCUGGGGAGAGCCAAGAAAACAAGGUUGUCUUCACAGAGAUGGAAGAAUUUGUCUGGGGCCUUCAGCUUGAUGAAGAAGCCCAAAAGCCAGAUGGUGAAGAUGUUUUCAUGGAAGAAGAUGAGGCCCCAAAAGUCGUGGAUCAAGAAAUAAAAGAUGAGGAUGGUGGUUGGACAGAGGUAAAAGAUACUGACAAAGAGGGAUCUCCUGCUUUAGAGGGGAAAGAGGAGAUAGUACCAGAUGAAACGAUUCAUGAAGCAGCUGUUGGGAAAGGGUUGUCUGGUGCUCUCAAGUUGCUUAAAGACCGAGGGACACUCAAAGAAACUGUUGAAUGGGGUGGCAGAAACAUGGAUAAGAAAAAAAGCAAGCUUGUGGGCAUUUAUGAUGAUAGUGGACAAAAAGAGAUAAGAAUUGAAAGGACAGAUGAGUAUGGACGAAUUUUGACCCCAAAAGAAGCUUUCCGGUUGCUUUCACACAAAUUCCAUGGCAAGGGGCCUGGGAAAAUGAAACAAGAGAAGCGCAUGCGCCAAUAUCAAGAAGAACUGAAGGUAAAACAAAUGAAAAAUUCUGAUACACCAUCAUUAUCUGUGGAAAGGAUGAGGGAAGCUCAAGCUCAGUUGAAGACACCAUAUCUUGUUCUCAGUGGGCAUGUUAAACCCGGGCAAACUAGUGAUCCUAGAAGCGGUUUUGCUACAGUUGAGAAGGACCUUCCUGGGGGCUUGACACCCAUGCUUGGAGACAGAAAGGUCGAGCACUUUCUGGGGAUAAAGCGGAAGGCAGACUAUGGAGAUAUGGCCCCUCCAAAGAAGCCAAAAACGUGAAGUUUCAUGUGGUUGUCCACGGCUGGAUGACAUGCACAUUUUUUGAGGCAUUCAUUUUGAGUAGCUAAUCCCAGCAAAUGGCAAUAAAGCACGCUGCAGUUGCUAGCCUGCCAGGGGCAUAUGUUGUCUUCACUCACGUCUCUGAGCUACUUACUGUAUAUAACAUACUCUACUUACAGGAAGAAGUUGCUCUUGGGUGAAGUGCACAACUUAUCUGGACUCAAAAGGUGUAAUGCUAAUUUGGUUUUCUGCCCAACCAAUCUAAUGAUUUCGAUCAAGGCUUUUACACUAGGAAUCUCAAGUAGUAAUUACUCCUUCCCAAGUAAUGGAAAGAUUAUGUUUAUUUACGUUCUAGUCAUAGUAAAGGAGUGGCAUGAUACUUCCCACCUGUUUCAGUAAAAAAAUGUAAGAAGUUACAGUUGAAUCUCGACUAGAAAUCUGAGCUUACGAUAUUUUAUGGAUUUUUUUUUUAUUUGAUUUUAGCUAGAUGAGAUUCAUAUUC